AUGGCCUUAAUUGAAAUAGAAAAUAAAGAUCAGUUCUCAGAAUUGACUUCCGCAAGUAAUAAGUUGAUUGCACUUUAUUUCCACACACCAUGGGCUUCACCAUGCAUUCAGAUGAACAAAGUCAUAAGUACUUUGGCCGACUCUGCCCAAUACUCAAAUGUCAGUUUUCUUUCUAUAAAUGCCGAUAAUUUCCCGGAAAUCUCAGACUUGUUUGACAUUACGGCCGUUCCUUACUUUGUGAUUAUUAAGGAUGGAACUAUAUUGAAAGAGUUGACUGGCGCUGAUCCAAAGGAAUUCAUAAAUGCCAUUGACCAAUUCAACGGACAAUCUUUGGAUCAAUCGUCGACAAAUCAAUUGGCAUCGUCCGCUACAGUGGAGUCCACCAGUACAUCUGUCGAGGAAACUCCUGAACAAUUGAAUGCAAGAUUACAGAAAUUAACAACAGCUGCUCCAAUCAUGUUGUUUAUGAAAGGUACUCCAUCGGCUCCUCAAUGUGGAUUCUCCAGACAAAUGGUUGCAAUUCUAAGGGAACACCAAGUCCGAUUUGGGUUCUUCGAUAUCCUAAAGGACGACUCCGUUAGACAAGGCUUGAAAACUUACAGUGAUUGGCCAACAUUCCCUCAGCUAUAUAUUGGAGGCGUAUUUCAAGGUGGUUUGGAUAUCAUCAAGGAGAAUUUGAGCGAAGAUGACCUCUUCUUUGAACAUGCCCUUGAAGAGUCAAACUCGUCCAAAUGA